ACACGCUGUUUUGUCUCGGUCCACUCUCGCUCACUCAAUCAGCUGGCUGGCGUUGACCUGGCGGAAAGCUUCAAUUCACGAAAACUAAAGAAACAGGUACUUGUUUGUGGUUCUUGCGAAACGAAAGCCGAGGCGGAGCCUACCUGGCCAUUCUCGCGACCUUGACUGCGCCGAACGUGCGAGGGGCAUACUGCUGGCGGCUUUAUUUGUAUCCGCGUCCGCUUCACCGACUGACAAAGGAGUGGACCAUUCUGCACGUUAUCACUCUUUGCUAGCGCAGCCAAAGGCCGAUACAGGAUUAUUUAACGAUGAGUAAAAUCGAACCUAGAUGGAAACGACACUCCAAGUUCUUGGCUGCACUUAAUGAGGGCAAUGUACCCAUGGCUUGGACGUUGCUCUGUGGGUGUGAAGAACCUCUGGUUGAUCCAGAUGUUAGGAUCAUGACAGGAGGAGAAUACAAGCCUGCAAUAUGCAUCGCUGUUGAGAAGGACCUAUUAGAUAUGGCCGAGCUUCUCAUCAUGUGCGGCUGCAGUGUGAACCAAAGUUCACCCACUGGCUUGUCCCCUCUGCACAUAGCAGUUAUGCGCAACAAUGCCGACAUGGUGCGUCUUUUGCUCAAGAGUGGUGCCAGCGUUUCUUGCAGAGACAGCAAUGGAAGGACGCCACUGCAUCAGCUGGCUGUCUGCAAUUACGGUGAAAACAGUCUGGAAAUCGCAAGGCUGCUCGUACAGAAAGACGGCAAGACAGAGUACAGGGAUAGAAACGGAGCGACGCCCUUGGCACUUGCCUGCAAAGGCCACCGCGCCUUGGCCCUGUGCCUGCUGUCACUUGGGGCCAAUGCCAGUGCUGGUGACAAUGAGGGGAACACACCGCUGCACCAUACAUGUGCCAAAGUGCCAAAUGAUGAAGAGUUGGUGAAGCACUUGCUUGCUGCUGGAGCUCAAGUGAAUAAAAAAAAUAACCGCGGCAUGACUGCCCUGAGCUUCGCUGUGCUGGUGCAUGCAAGUCCUGCUGUAGUGCAGAGUCUCAUGAGCAAUGGUGCAGACUGCAACCUCUACAUCAAGUGCUGGCAUCAGACUAUUCUUCACAGAGCCAUAUGCAUCGCCAGUUAUUAUCAAGAAUGGGAGUCUGUCAAGACUUUUGUGCGUUACGGGGGCAACCCAUUUGGCCAAGACAGGAUGGGCACGACUGUUGUGCAAUAUGCUAUGUGCAAGAACAAGCCACUAGCCCUGUGGAUGACACGUGCGAAUCCAUUUAUGGGUGCACCCCGCUGGUGUGCCUGGCGGGUGCUGUACGAAAGUUGGUAUGAUUGUACGAACGAAUUCAAUGAAAAAAUGCUGUCGGAGCUUUCUAGUGUUCCAACGCUUCAACGACUGUGCUCUCUAGCAUUCCGUUCGAAAUAUGCCCGCCACCUCGAUUCUCCAGCGUUCGCUUUAUCUCUGCCACCUCGGUUGCUACAGCAUCUGCGCCUCUGCAAUCUGUAGUCAGUAGGGGCAGAUUGGCGACAUCGAAUGUGUGCAAGUAAAGAGGCUAGCCAUUGUUUUUAAGCAACUAUUUAUAGUGAGCAUGACAUUGCCUGUGUGAAUAGCAAAAACUUAUGUACAAACCUGAAUGCAGUUGUUAGUAGGUGCUGGUGACUAAAGCUACAAGAGGUUUACUUAA